CUUCUGGAACUCUCGCGAGAUUUCGUGGCAGACCACUCGCUGCUGGGCUCUCUCCUCGUCCUCGAUCCGCGCCGCUGCGUCUCCUUCGUCGCCGCCCCCGUCGCCCUCCACGCGCCGUCGCCGCGCGGAACCUCCUCGCCGUCUCCUUCCCCGACGCCGUCGCUGCCGGUUGCGGCUCGUGGCUGACGACUCCCAACACCCCACGGUGAGCGAACGAGUGGCAUCCGUGUGGAGCCAUGAACAAGAGCUAUUACGACAUCUUGGGCGUGGUGCGCGGCGCCAGCCCCGAUGAGAUCAAGAAAGCCUACCGCAAGCUCGCGCUGAAAUGGCACCCGGACAAGAACCCGGAGAACAAGGAGAAUGCCGAGAAGCAGUUCAAGGAGAUCGCGGAGGCGUACGAGGUCCUCUCUGACGAGAACAAGAGGGAGACGUACGACCGCUACGGCAAGGCAGGGCUCACGGCGCGACUCGGGGGCGGUGGGUCAGCCAGCCCCAACAUGGGCGGGUUCCACUUCACGUUCCGCAACCCGGAUGAUGUCUUCCGAGAGUUCUUCGGUGGCCGCGAUCCCUUCGCCGAAUUCUACGAAGACUUCCACGACGCUCCGCGCUUGCGGGGACAGGAGCGCAGCCGCAGCCACGGAUUCUUCUCCUUCCCCUCGUUCGGAGCCUUCCACACCACCUCCUCCACCUCCUUCGACUCCGGCUUCGGUGGGUUUGGCUCGUUUGGCGGGGCGGCGCUGGGCGACGAGUAUUCUCCGUUCCCGUCGUUCUCGGGCGCCCAGCGGCCCCAGCCGGCGGGCUCCUUCCGCUCCGUGUCCACGUCCACGCGCUUCAUCAACGGCCACAAGAUCACCACCCGCAAGAUCGUGGAGAACGGGCAGGAGCGCGUCGAGGUGGAGGAGGAUGGACAAAUCAAGUCCAUUAAAGUGGACGGCGUGGAGGACGAGAUGGCGCUGGUGCUGGAGCUGAGCCGGCGCGAGCAGCAGCAGCAGCAGCAGGGGGGCGAAGGGGGGCCCCAGGCGAUUGCGGGGGACGGGGCCCCCCAGGCUCGCCGCACGGAGCGCACGCAGAGCUGCCCCUCCGAGUACUUCUACGUGUCGGACAGCGACGAGGACGACGAGGAGAUGCAGCUCGCCAUGGCCUACAGCCUCUCCGAGCAGGAGGCGCGGCGCACGGGUGUGGUGUGAGCCUGGGCCAGCGUGGACGCCUCCUCGUCUCCUCCUCCUGCUCCUCCUCCUCUGCGUCGCCUCCGCCUCGUAUUUAUUCUCGACCCCACAAGCGCGCGCAACCCCAGGACCCCUCGCCAGCCCCCCUCCCCCCGCCCCCACUAGUGGAUGGUGCACCCCUGCGACCCCCGCGACCCCGCUGACCCCUGCUCGCCCCCCCCCCCCUCCACUCUGUGGCGUGGCCCCAGGUUCGCACCAUUGCCAGACGUGGAGAUCGAGAUCCCCGCGAGUAACGCCGCCACUUUUUGCGCGAUGUUCACGGCUUCAGAUCCGCAAGCGUCUUGUUGGGUCGGUCCACGUGGCGACCUCGCUGAGCAGGAGGCGGCCGCCGGACGCGAGGCCUCGUUCGCACUUCGUGAUUCCCACUUCCUGGACCUCGCCCUGAACAUGCCUGGCGCAGUUUCACGUGAAACGUCCGUCGAUCUAAGCACUAAAUUUGGCUGUGACAAUUGGUCUCUAACCCACUGGGUGAGUAAGUUGGUGAGCGAGUGUUUGGGUGGGUGAGUGAGUGAGUGGGUGGGUGAGUGAGUGGGUGAGUGAGUGAGCAAGCGAGUGGAUGAGUAAGCUAAUGAGUGAGUGGGUGAGUGGGUGAGUGGGUGAGUGAGCUAAUGAGUGAGCGAGUGGGUGAGUGAGCGAGUAGGUGAGUGGGUGAGCGAACCAGUGGAUGAGUUAGUGGGUGAGCGAACUAAUGAGUGAGCGAGUGGGUGAGUGAGCGAGUAGGUGAGUGGGUGAGCGAACGAGUGGAUGAGUUAGUGGGUGAGCAAGCUAAUGAGUGAGCGAGUGGGUGAGUGAGCGAGUAGGUGAGUGGGUGAGUGAACGAGUGGAUGAGUUAGUGGGUGAGCGAGCUAAUGAGUGAGCGAGUGGGUGAGUGAGCGAUUAGGUGAGUGGGUGAGCGAGCUAAUGAGUGAGCGAGUGGGUGAGUGAGCGAGUAGGUGAGUGGGUGAGCGAACGAGUGGAUGAGUUAGUGGGUGAGCGAGCUAAUGAGUGAGCGAGUGGGUGAGUGAGCGAGUGGAUGAGCGAACGAGUGGAUGAGUGAGCGAGUAGAUGAGCGAACGCGUGGAUGAGUGAGCAGGCGAGCGAGCGAGUGGGUGAGUGAGCAGGCGAGCGAGUGGGUGAGUGAGCAGGCGAGCGAGUGGGUGAGUGAGCAGGCGAGCAAGCGGGUGAGUGAGCGGAUGAGAGAGCGAGUGGGUGAGCAAGCGAGUGGGUGAGUGAGCGGGUGAGCAAGUGAGUGGGUGAGUGAGAUAGCGAGUUAGGUGAGAUGAGUGAGCGAGUGAGUAGGUGGGUGAGUGGGUGAGUAAGCUAGCUAGUGGGUGAGUGAGCUAAUGAGUGAGCGAGUGGGUGAGUGAGCGAGUAAGUUGGUGGGUGAGCGAACGAGUGGAUGAGUGAAUGGGUGAGCGAGCGAGUGGAUGAGUGAGCAGGUGAGCGAGCAAGUGGGUGAGUGAGCGGAUGAGAGAGCGAACGGGUGGGCUAGCGAGUGGGUGGGUGAGCAAGUGAGUGAAUGAUUGAGUGAGCGAGUGGGUGAGAGAUUGAGUGGGCGAGCGAGUGUUUGGUUGAGUGAACGAGCAAGCUGAAACAGCGACGAUCGAUGGGCUCUUCGCCAAAUGCCCGCACACCCACGUGACUAUUCAAUUUGUUUGGCCGCGCGUCGGGCAGCGGGCGGGGGUUCUUGCAUGACACAAAUUUGUUUCGCGAACAUCAUUACGCGUGAACUAACCCGAAAUAAAACCGAUGACGAAUCGCGACAGUGGAGCCGCGCAAAGCUGCCGGGCCGCGCGACUACAACAGCGGCCGGCAGCUUUAUUCCCGCGGCCCCUUUGCCCUCGAUUCGUCUCCGCGGACGGCAAGCGGCGCACUUCGACUCGUCGUGGCCGCCGUCGUCGUCGCCGCGACCGACGGCGGCUGCCGCGGGCGGCGACUUUGGCUGCCAUCGGCCCGGAUGAGGUGACACGCGCGGGGGAGCGGGGGGUCAACGGGCGUCACGACCCGCGCGAUUAACAAUUGAACUGCAGCACGGUGGAAUUUAUGUUGCAUGUGAAGAGGUCCCGAGGUGUUUGACAACGGAAAAAACAAAACUGGAGCUAUUUAUCUCUGAAGGUAAACGACACUCGACACUCUCGCCCCGCCCCCUGCCUGAGUUAUUGUACGCAUUUUUCUAAUUUGACAUUUCUCAAAUGUUUCGUUAUGUAGCCUGCGAGUCCACGCUCGCGCGCGUCUCGAUCCUCGUGCCUGGCUUGGGUCAACUCAUUGGCCUGGGGCCGUGCAGACCCGAGGGCAGGGUUGGGGGCACGGUCUGGGGAGUCCCGUGCCUCUGCUGCGUGGUGACCCCACCUUGUCUGGCUGUGACCCGCCGCUGUCGCUAGCCGAGUCGGGUGGCAGCAGGAACCGAGUCGUGGUUACCGCUGCUGCCGGGUGUGCCACUCGACUGCAGCCACAGCCCGGUCGUCGGUCUCGGCGAGACGCUGCGCGAGCCGUGGUGACGAUGGCCCCCCACCCCACCCCAUCGUGCGUGUGGUUCACUUGGCGCCGCUGAGGCCGCGGCUUCUUAUAGCUCGGCCUCCUCCAUCGACGGGGGGGGGGGGGGGUAGCCGGAGAUAAUCAAAGCCAUCGCGAGCCAGGGUCCACUGCCCCCCACCCAGCGUGGAGGGCAGGAUUCCCCAAACUCCAGUCUUUGCGAAUCCCCCCCCCGCUCACCUGCAACGCUGCUGCGUCUUUCCGCGUAUAUCAUUCGACUCCUCCUGAUUCGAAACUAAAAACUAUCAAACAGUUUUUGUCUUGUACCAGGUAAGGACCCACUUCAGCUGUACAGCUCUUUUUUAGAACCGAUCUGGCCGCUCCACGAAGUGGCUUAUCACGUGGAAAUGUUUAGCAACCAAAUACUCUAAACGCGUGUUUCUAAACGUGGAGGGAAAAACCGGAGGACCCAGAGACAAGUCCAUGUGAUCACGGGGAGAGAGAGACACGCAAACUCCAAAUAUACAGCAGCAGGCGUCAAGAUCCUCCUGCAUACCAGGCGAGGUAGUUAACAUCUCCUAGCCACCGUGGCGCCCCACAAAUCAACUCGUUGCACGCUGCUGCACGGGUCUGAUGAUUCGACGCUUUUCUGUGUCGUGUGGCACGCACGGAAUCGGCUCCGUUGACGCAGCGCUCGUCGCUGAGCGCAUCGCGUGGGUCGGGGAGCGAGUUCAUUCGAAUGUGGAGGAGCCCGUUGGUGGAUGUGGAAAGACGGAGUGGGGUCGUGGGUCUUGAGGAUUGGAGUUUCGGAAACCGUGGCGUCGGGAUAACCUCUCAUCUGGUAACUGCAGGCGUAUCUUACCCCCACCACCCCAUCGCUUCCCCCAUUUCCCCACGAGCCCUCCGUGAAUCCAGCUCGGCGAUGAGCACCGAGCCGCCCUGGACCCUGCUCGCAAAGCCCCGGAGCGGAGCACCCAGCCCCCGGAGCCGGAGUUCGCACCCCCCCCCCCCCCCCUCGAUUGAUCUCCUUCGGUGGCGGAACUCGCGCAGAGAGCCGCGCGCGUUGAGGCGGUGACCCAUGCCGUCGCCAGACCCCCUGCCCCCAACGCGAACCCUUCAACCCCAACUCGAGCCAUAAUCCCACCGUCAACACUUACCCCGAGUCCGAUCUGCUCCACACCCUGAAAGCAAAUCAACAAUCUGCUCCUAACCCCAGCUGUCCCCGAGCGAUAACUCUGGCCGUAGACCCAAGCCCCCCACCCCAUGGCACCGACCUCAACAGCCACUCCAGCCAGAGUCCGAGCCCCCCACGGUGACCACCACAGCUCCUAUCGUCACCGCCAUCGUCGUCACCACCACCACCACCAUCGUUAUGAUUAUUAUUGUAAUUGUUUAGGAUUUACUGUGUUUGAAGUAUGCGAAGCUUCUUUAAGGCUGCUGUAUUGUAAUGAGAAUUGCAACUGAAAUUUAAAAUACGAAAUGUACUCGA